CUGAAUUGCCGACCCCCACUGAAUGGUCAUUAUCAUUCAAAUCGGUCGGGUGCGCGAUGUUUGUUUUUCCCCAACUUGCGUCGCUACUGAUGCAAGCCUUCCUCCACCGACAAAUUCUUACUCAACUGCUUCGUAAACACAUCCCACCGAUCUCGUUAUCCUGGCCUUAUAACAGACUCCUUAACUAUUCUCUCACUGAAGGGUCCCUCCUCCUAUCCCCGCAGACCCCCCCUCGAUGCGCACGACGCCAUAGGUUUUGUUUUGGUUAUCACUCAACAAGCCGGUUAUCAUUUCUGAGAUUAAAGACGAUCGUGCCUGAAGGCAGAUGCCCAGAUGCGCCAACGGUGCGGGACACGGGUGAUAUUAAUUACCCCUUGCUUGGUCGACCACCCCAGUGUAGAUUGUGCUCUACCACCCGACUUCUUUGAGGGGAAGUGGGAUUUAGACAUCUUGUCUCCGGCUGGAUGCAGGAGAUUGUUGUAUAUGUCAAGGCUAAAGUAUUCCAUUGGCAUGUGCUUGUUGGGGCCGGAAGCGAGGAGGCCGCUGGGCGCUAAUGUUCAUUCUGUGGUCAGCGAGCUUGAGAAUGACAAUUCCAGGCCAGUUUUGGAUGCAACCGCCGGUUCCUGUCGUCAUCCUUCUCAAGACCAUCACUUAGACCGUCGUUCAUGUGCGAAGUUGCACCGCCGCUGCCGUAUCUCCAUCUAAUUGAAGCACCGGCAGUGUUAAGCUAGUAGACCACCUCAGUGACGGUUGUGACGGCAGUGCGCUUAGUGGAGCGACGAAGACCACCAAGCGAAAGCUGACAAAAAUGGACAGUUAUCGACAAUUCGGCGGUCAUGGGAUGCUGGUACCGGAUCGUCCAACCCCGGAUGUUCUGAGUAGACGCGGUCGACAUUACAUGAUAUUAGGAUGCUAUACAUGCGCAUACCCUGAUGCAAUUGACCUGUACGGUGACCCUCUAUACUACUUUUUUUA